AUGGAGUGCAAUGUUGACGGGAAAUUUAACGACGGUGACAAUUUAGGACAUUCGAACAAUAAAGCUACCAUUGAUCCGAAAAAUGUUUCAUUGGAGAAGAAUAAUAGUAGAAAACGAAGACGCAAGCGACCGCGAACCAAAGCUCUUCGACGAACAAUCAGGGAAAAGAUUGAAAUAGCAUUAUGUACGAGUGACUCGCCAAUUCAAAAUGUCUUAGAAACAGAUAAGGAUUGUAUGUACGGUGCACCGCUAUCAACGGUAGUAAAGUUGUUGAAGUUAGAUACGGAUGAAUAUCGAAAACUAAGUUACGAAGCGCUUGUCAGUAUUGGACGUUUGUCGAGAUUUUUUGCAAUUAUUGGUCAUUCAAUCGACAGUCUUCAACUUGUGCUCAAAACUGAUGGUUUGAAGCACAAUUCUGCAGUUGUUUACGUCGGAAAAACGUAUUCGAAUAAGGAUUCUGCCACAAAUGAUACAUCCGUCUCAGCUGAAGUAUCUACAUCUGCUGCGUGUACGGGCAGAUUUUUUCAAAGUGCUUUUAUCAAAUUUGUACACGACGAGUCUUCAGCAGAUUUUAUUAAAUUUCAUCAAUUGUUACGGAAGAAAGCUGCUAACAGACGACGCAAAAAGCUGAAAUUAGAAAGAAAAAAAGCGGUUAAAAGAUCAGCGAAUUCUGUUUCAAAAAUUAGAAGCAAGAAGAGGCUUAAGAAAAACAAACGUAAGCCAAAAAAAAAUGCUGAAGACCGGAAGAUCAAAAAUGAAGAAGCAAUGGAGACCAGUGCUGAAAAACCAGAAGUGGAUGUGGAUAAUUUUAGUGAUGUUAUAAGAAGUGAAGGAAAUUACAAUGGAAAGAGGAAACGGAAAAGGCGAUCAAGUCGUGGAAUGAAUAAAGUACUGCUUAAAAAGGCCAAAAUGAUUAUUAAUGAAGAAAAGAAAGUUGAAACAGAAGCAAAAAAUGAAUCGAAAAAUGCUGAAGAAAAUGGGUUUAAAAAUGCUGAUCCAAAAAAAGCUUAUGUAAAAAUUGAUGUGGCUGAAGGGAAACAAGAAAGUAAGGACGAUGAGAAAGUGGAAAUUGAUGGUGGAUUUACAGCUGCAGUAACUGGCGAAUUAUUGAAGAAAACGUUCAGAGAUGUUGGAACCGAUGUUCCCGAAGAGUUUUUGUUAACUGAAACUGGUGAUGCUGUGAAAAAACGAAAACGUGUGCACCGACAAAGGCGACGCGAUGGUAAGCCAAAAAAUUGCAACCAACGUCCGAAGAAAUAUUUCCGUAACAUACAAGUAUAUUCAUUGGACACAUUUCAAAAACUUCGUGCAAGAUAUUUAGAAUUGAAGAAACAACAAAUGGUUGAACUGAAGGCCAACUUGAAAAAAAAGGGCGUGCCAAAUACGCUAUCGGAUUUGACCAAAAAGGAAAGGAAAAAGAAACGUGGGCGUAGUCGGCUUAUGAUGCGCGCCGCAAAAUUACGUGAAUAUGACAAUCUCAUUCAAUGUAUCCCAGAAGAAGAUAGGCCUGCAGAUAGUCAAGAGUGCGAUAAAAACUUUUCUUCCAUCACUGGUGAUUUUGCUUGUGUUUAA